CUUAGUCCCUGGGUUAAGCUGGCAGGAACCCAGAAUGAACACUUUAGAAAGAUAGAUUGAAUUCACUCUCUGAACCAGACGCAGAACAACACAACCCAGCCAACAGCACGGCCCCUGAGACUCAAGAGGAAGGAGAUGUCAAACAUGAAUUUAAACAGUGGGAUGGAGGCAGCUACAAUGCUGGAGGAAAUGAUGGAGCUGACUGCUCAGAACCUGGUCAGAAUGGAAGUAGCAGACCACUAUAAAGUAAUUAAGGAGCUUGGAAAAGGCAAAUAUGGACAGGUGGCACUGGUAAUCCACCGCCAAAGAGGAACCCCCAUGGCCCUAAAACGCCUUCCAAAGAAAAAUACUAAACAGCAAAACUUCCUGUAUGAAUAUUGUGUGGCACUUUCCCUUUCGACCCACCCCAACAUUAUUGGCAUGUUCGGUAUUGCAUUUGAAUCUGCAGAACACUAUGGAUUCUUGUAUGAAGCUGCUCUGCAGAGGGAUCUGAUCUCCAUAAUUAAGCCAAGGGAAGGAAUUCAGGAACAAGCAGCUAAACAGUGCACUAAACAACUUGUAAGUGCCCUAGAGUUUAUUCAUAGCCGAGGACUGGUCUAUCGUGAUGUCAAACCUGAAAAUGUCCUUCUCUUUGGUCGGGACUGUCAGCGUAUUAAACUCACAGAUUUUGGUUUAACUCGUCCUAGAGGUACAAUGCUAAAGCUUGUAUCAGGUAUCAUCCCAUACACAGCUCCAGAACUGAGCAACACCCGAAAUGGAGAAGGAGUGCCAAUUGAUUUCUCCCUUGAUACUUGGGCAUUUGGUGUACUUCUCUUCUGCCUGAUUACAGGGUAUUUCCCUUGGGAGAAAACACUUCCAUGUGACCCAUUCUUUGAAGAUUUCAUUGUUUGGCAAGAAACUGGAAGCACUGAAGACCUAUCUCGACACUGGAAAAAAAUAACAGCAGAAGCUAUGGACAUGCUAAGCAAAUUGAUGGCUCUAAAUCCAACUGAGAGGAGUCCUGUUAGCAAGGCAUUAAAAUAUUUAGAUUGUCCUUGGAGAGUAGACAACUGGAGAACAAUUGAAGGACUGGAAUGAUUGAGUCUAUAAAGAUGGAAGACCCACGUCCAAAAAGUUGAGGCUUUAUGCAUGAGUUGAUUGCUGUUUAAGCAUUGACUUGUAAUAUGAUUUCUUUCUGCCUUCAAAUACAUAUAUUUCCUCUGCAAUAUUUUUUUUCCAUUCCUAAAUAUUCAUUAUUUUUGCCAGCCAAUCUUAAGUCCAACAUCGGCCAAAUAUAAUGCAUUAGGGAAUCAAACAUAACUGUCUCAGUAUCUCAUGAUGUCAGUCGUACUGUACAUUUCUUUUACAUAAUUAGUAGAACUUUUAACAGGCAAAGUGAGCAGUCUACAGUAUUUGCUCUCAAAGCAUAUUAAGCUGUAUUUUUUUUUAAAUAUUAGCUAUGCAUGUUUUCAGUGAAAUAUAUUGUAUUAACAAAAGCAAUAUGCCAAGAUAUCAGGCAACUCAAUACUACGACAAAUGCAAUUCAACUUUACUUCAGUCUUAGUUUUAUGUUUAUGUGUAGUUCUACAUGUUUCUUUACAUUCAUUUUCUUGCAAUAGACCACAUAUAAUCACACAUACAAAAAGAGACUGAAAAUGAUGCACAGUGAUAUAAACCCAAAGGUUAAACCUGUAAAUAAGUUAACUUCAACUGAUGAAAAUACCUCUAUCAUCACUUACAAUCAAGUGUAGAACUUCAUUGAAAUAGUGACAUCCUCCAGAAUAGUGAAAACAAUAACUGAAAUGACUGAAUGCUAUGCCUGUUUAUUUGGAUUUAAAUUAUCUCUUUCACAUGAGCUCAUUUUUGAAUGAGAAUGGAUUAUGCAAUUGAGCUAAGAGACCUCAAUAACUUCAUUUAAUCUGUCAUGUUUUAGAUAAGUUAAAAACAAAGGGGUUAAUACCAAUCCUUACCAAAAAAUUUUUUUUUUAAUAUAGAAUACGAUCUAGCCAUAAAUUACAUUUCUUUUGGUUGCAGAAGCAAUACUACACACUGAGUUAUAUUUCCCAAGAAGAAUUUGCCAAACAAGCUUGCAAUCAACUAGCUGUUAAAUAAAGUCUGUCUAUCAUUUUUUAACUGAAGCAUUCAUUAGAUGCCAGUCUCAGAGCCCUUUAAGACUAAGAUUGGUACAUGGUUUGCUUAGCAACUAUCAGUGCAUAUUGGAAUGUUAAUUUGAGGCUAAUGGGCAUAUUUAUCAUGAUGCGAGCGGACAUGAUCCGAUAUUGCGGAUCAUGUCCGCUGCACAUACGCUCUCUGCAUUUAUCAUUGCACUAGCAGUUCUGGUGAAAUUCUGGUGCAAUACCGCCCCCUGCAGAUUCUCAGCCAAUUGGCCGCUAGCAGGGGGUGUCAAUCAACCCAAUCAUAUUCGAUCUGGUUGGUUUCCGGCGAUGUCUGUCCGCUGUCUCAGAGCAGGUGGAUAGGUUAUGCCUGAAGGCUCGCCAGAAACACGGGGCAUCAAGCUCCAUUCGGAGCUUGAUAAUUCGGCCUCUUAGUAUAAGUCCAAUAAUUGUGUUACCUCAUCUUUAUUUGUAUGAAAUGCUAUCUAUUCUCUUUGGGCUCAGCAAUUAAAUUACUUUAUUUUAUUUUUAUUUUGUUCAUGCCAAUCAAAUCUGUCACCUUAAGUCACUUACAGUUCAAUGCACUCUUCAGAGAAAAACAUAUCCACAAUGUAUGUACAAUCCAACAUACUCUUCAGUGAAAAAUCUCCACAAUUCCUAUAUUUUCCUAGGGAACACAAAUAGCUCAAAUGUUUAGUAAACCUGCAAUAUAUGGGAACAUAAGAAUUAGAAUUUGUUUUAACUGUAAAGUUCUUUAAUUUAUUAGUGUACAUCAUCUAUUAAAUAAUUAGUUUUCCCUUCAAAAAUAGACUGGAACUCUUUAGAUGGUGUGCUUACUUUACAACAGUGUAUUAAACACUAUGGUAUAUUCAUUAACAAGUCAACAUGUUAUUUAGAUCUGUCUUAUCUGUAGGUGCUUACAAAUGAUGAUAUAAGACCUGCAUGAAUUACUGGAGAGUGCAUUGGAUUAUUUGUGAAUAUAGGGGUUUAUCUCAAAGCACACUUGGAGCCUGAUGAUCAAAAAAAUAUUUGGGUGCUAUUAUUUACCAUUAUAUUGUAAUGAAAGUGGGGCCUAUCUAUCCAUAUGGAGCUUGAGGGCUGUGUUUCUGGUGAGCAUGAAGCAGCGGUCUCAAGACCGCUGCUCCAUAACCUGUCCGCCUGCUCUGAGGAGGUGGACAGACAUUGCCGCAAUUCAACCCAAUCUAAUACAAUUGGGUUUAUUGACACCCCCUGCUAGCGCCCAAUUGGCCAAGAAUCUGCAGGAGGCGGCAUUGCACCAGCAGUUCAGAAGAGCUGCUGGUACAAUGCUGAAUGCAGAGAGCGUAUUGCUCUCCACAUUCAGCGAGGUCUGUCUGACAUGAUCCGCAAUGUCGGAUCAUGUCCGACAGACCUUUCAUAAAUAGGCCCCAGUGUCUCUUUUUCCCAUCUAGCACCUUCCAUAGUGAUAACGAUAGUUCAGAAAGUAGCAUUUUCCUUUCUUUAAAGUGUUAGCUUCCUCAAUGUAUUGAUGGGACUUUUUAGAUUAUCUUGCCAGAGCAGGAAGCCUUUAGAUCACUGAACCCUUGGUGAGAUACCUUUCAGGGCUUGCAAGAAAAUUUAAAUAUUUUAUUAUUUAAAAUAAAUAUUAAAGGCCAGUAAUUUGUUGUUCUAGAAAGAACCUAAAAUUAUUGUGUUAGUAAAUGUUCACUUUAUUGAUGUUGAUGUAUGACUUGGAAUUUUCGUUAGGGCUUUAGGCAAUUAUUUGCUACACAAUUAACAGCUUGUAAAAUGAGGGAGGAUUGAGAAUAUUAGCUUGAAAAAAUGAACCAGUUUAUUCCUGAUUUUACUGAUAUUUUAAAUACAAGAUGAUGCAUUGUGUUGUGUUUUGUUCUGAAACCAUGUGUUUCUCUUAUAUUCUGUUUAAAUGGGUUGUGCAAUUAUGUUCUAUAACCAUGGCAAAAUAUAUUAUUUUAUGUUGAAGUAAUAUUUUUUUUAGCAAUAUGAAAUACAAACUAGUACUGUUUAUGGAUAUAUAUAGUCAAAUACUACAAUGUACAUUAUUAAUGCAGUGGAUCAAUAUAAUAAUUAAUGUGUCAUUAAGCAUAUCAUUAGAACCUUAGAAUCAAUAAAAAAAUAAAAAGAUAUGAAAUGACCUAGCUACAAAAAAAAUAAAAAAUAACUUUGCAUCUUAAAAUCAUAACCAGGAUGUGGAUUUGUAGUAUUAUAAAAUAUUAAAUUUAUAUUGAAAAUUAUGUAAACCAGUUGCUGCUUAUAUAUUUAUAUAACAAUAAAUUAUUUUAAUUUAA